CAAAAUGACUAAAGCUGGAGGGACAAUACAAUUUAUCCCCGCCUGGAAUGCGUCUGACAAUGAAAGGGAGCUCACGAAGCGUAACCCGAAACGUUCUGGGGAACUAGAAGUGCCUUGCACUCAGACACAAAACGGCAAGGAUCACUUCCGCCCAGCCCCUUCCCUGCCCUGCCCCGCCCAUUCCCACCCUUCCCCGAGGUCCGGCGCAGGAUCGGAAGUGGCGCCGAGGAGCGUUCGCGAGACAAAUACUCAGUUUUUACCUGGUUUCUGUAUGUUGUCAUCUCGUGUGCACCUGGUCCCUACACUAGCCCGGCUUGUCCAUUCUUUCAUCUGUGAUUCUUCCCAUUUUUGCAUGGAUUUGAAGGCUCUCCUUUCCUCCUUGAAUGACUUUGCAUCCCUCUCAUUUGCUGAGAGUUGGGACAAUGUUGGAUUACUGGUGGAACCAAGCCCACCACACACUGUAAACACACUCUUCCUGACAAAUGACUUGACUGAAGAGGUGAUGGAGGAAGCACUGCGAAAGAAGGCAGAUCUCAUUCUCUCCUACCAUCCACCUAUUUUCCGACCCAUGAAACGCAUAACCUGGAAAACCUGGAAGGAGCGCUUGGUGAUCCGGGCUCUGGAGAACAGAGUUGGUAUUUACUCUCCUCAUACAGCCUAUGAUGCUGCGCCCCAGGGAGUCAACAGCUGGUUGGCCAAAGGGCUUGGAGUUUGUACCUCCAGGCCCAUACAUCCUUCCAAAGCUCCCAACUGCCCCACGGAGGGAACUCACAGAGUGGAAUUCAACGUUAACCACAUGCAAGAGCUGGACAAAGUCAUCUCUGCGGUGAAAGGGAUUGCAGAUGUUUCUGUCACUUCUUUUUCUGCUAGGACUGAUGAUGAAGAACACACACGGAUCAGUCUGAAUUGUAGUCAGCAGGCUUUGAUACAGGUGGUGGCUUUUCUUUCCCAGAACAGACAAUUUUAUCAGAAGACUGAAAUUCUGUCACUAGAGAAGCCUCUGCUUCUAUACACUGGAAUGGGACGCUUAUGCACACUGGAGGAAUCUGUUCCCUUGGCAACCAUGAUUGAGCGAAUCAAAAGACACCUAAAACUAUCUCAUGUUCGCCUUGCUUUUGGGGUAGGGAGGACCUUAGAGUCCCAAGUCAAAGUCGUGGCUCUGUGUGCUGGUUCUGGGAGCAGUGUUCUGCAGGGGACAGAGGCCGACCUUUACCUCACAGGUGAGAUGUCCCAUCAUGAUAUUCUGGAUGCUGCUUCCCGAGGAAUAAGUGUCAUCCUCUGUGAACACAGCAACACUGAACGAGGCUUUCUCUCUGACCUUAGAGAUAUGCUGGGCGCUCAUUUGGAGCAUAAGAUUAAUAUUAUCCUGUCAGAAGCAGACAGGGACCCUCUUCAUGUGGUAUAAUGCAUACAGGAACAGGAUGACACAAUCUACAAAUCGAUUGGUUCCCAAUUUGAAUGCACAACAUGGAUCAAUGAAGUUGGUAUCUUCUGGAAGAAUCUUACAAUGUACGUUAUCAUUUCUAGGUUGUAAGGUGAAAACAGUAAUGUAGUUACCACUGAAGAACAACUAUUAAUUAUAAAGAACAAAUUAUAUAACUAGGAUAUAUAAAGUAUAUAUAUUCAUUAUAAACUUUAGUGAAGACCAACUAACAUUCUUUGGAAAUAGCUCAAGUAAUCCUCUCUUUAGCUUAAUUGUAGAUGGGAUGUGUCAUUCUAGAUUUCUCAGCCUUUGGUUAAAAAUGUAUGUUAAUAACUUGGGAUUGAAACACUUAUUUCUAGGUAGUAGCUUCUAGGGGAUGAUAAGGUCUGUAAGUUCUUGUUUCUGGAUCACUAAUCUACCACCUGAAUUUCAAAAUCAGGAUUAGGGUGUUUUUUUUUUCUUUAAAUGCUCAUUAUUCAUGUAACUAUUAUUGCCUCUUAGGUAACGCACAUGUAAUUUUAUUAGGAAUAUCUAAAGACGGUUAGCUUUUAAAAUACUAAUGAUUACUUACACAGUAUUAAUCUUGUGCCAGGCAUUCUUGUAGGUAUCAACCCUUAAAAAUGUAUUUAAGUAUCAUUAUUCCUGCUUUUACAGGCAAGGAGACAAACAGAACCUUCAGACACUUGGCUGAUUCUCCUUCCAUCUCUUUGGUGCCUCCCAACUCUCUAUUGUGGGCAUAAGGCUCAUUUCAGUCAUUUUUGUAGUAAUAUUAUGGUGAACCACCAAGACCCUGCUUGCACACGGCCACAUAGCUGGGCAGUGAUGGACUUAGGAUGCAAACUCAGGCAGUCUGGCCCUGGAGCCUGUGUGCUUAAUUACUUUAGUUGACAUUGAUUAAACUGAUGUACAAGGUACAGAAGAAAUCCUGAAGGAAAAAAACAAUUCUAACUGAUUUUCUCUGGAUGAUAUGGUGGGAGAUUUUUCUUUUUAAUGCUUUUAUACAUAUUUCCAGUUUCUCUGCUGAGCAUGUUACUUUGAUAAUGACAAAAGUAAAUCUUAAAAUGCUGUAUAUAAUGAGAAAGCAUAGAACUUAAAAUUUCUUUUGUAGGACACCUUUCCUGCCAAUCAACUUACAAAUUAUUCUUGGUGGUUCACCUGUGAUAUUACUACAGAAAUAACUGAAAUGAGCCUUAUGCCCACAAUUAGGGAGUUGGAGGAGCCAAAGAGAUGGGAGGAGAAUCAGCAAAGUGUCGAAGCCAAAAAGUAGAAUGUUUCUGUGAGGGAUGGUCAACAGCAUCAAAGCCAAAAUGAGGUGACAGGAGAAACUCUCUUAAUGGUUUGCUUCAGUCAUGCAUCAUUUGCUUUCUGUGUGCUGGGCCCACUGGAGAUGUGGGAAAAACAGACAGACAUUCGGAUGAUGAUCACAACUCUUAAGUAAAUAUGUUAAGGCUAUGCAUAGGGCUUAUAGGGAAGCUUUUCUGGGGAAAGGGUGUAAUUCAGUCAAAAGGGACAACUUAACCAAAUGCACUGAACAGAAAUAACCCAAUACAUUGAAAAGCCCAAGAAAUUGACUCUCAAACCCUUUUUUCUUUAUAGCACACUUAAGGUAGGACAUGAUUUCAUGUGUGAGUACCCAUGAUGGCAUUUAGGAUCUCAUGGAGUUGAAGACUGUGGAUUAGUUCCUUUGAAUUGAGUUCCAGAAAGGAUUAAAUGGGUCAAAUAAUUUAUGAUUGAACAUACUUAUCGCCAAGGUUUUAAUGACAUUAUUGCUGUAAUAAAUUUUAUAAGUUGCUUUACUGGCAUGUUAGCAUUUCUAAGUAACUAAAAAUAUUCCCAAAACAAAGAAUCUUCAGUGGUACUUUAUUUUCACUUGUCAAGUUUUUUGAACUGUUAACUUUCUUUGAGGUAUUGCUUAUUUGUAAUGUAUUACUGCUUUUCAAAUGUUAAUAUGCACAAGAACUCAGGAGAUUUUUUAAAUCUGGAUUGAUUCAGAUGCUUGCGUAGGGCCCAAGUAUCUCUAAGCUCUGAAAAGAUGCCGAUGCUGGCGUUCUGAGGACCACACGUUGGACAGCAAAAGUAAAGAUGGUAACCUAAUACCUGAGAACACUUGAGGCCAAUCUGGUAUACACCGAACUGUUAAUGAAAAUUUGGUGAUGAGCUUUAUGUUACUCAAGUUUGAAGUUUUAUUUUCCAUAGCAUCAGUUAUUUCAGAUUUAUUCAACAUAUUAAGGAUACUCCUUAAUUUUUAAUUCUCUUAAAAAAUCUCAUACAUAAUUUCGUAUUUUAUUUUCAUAUCCUCAACAACUCCUGUCUAGCAUGGAGCCUUCUAGGUAGUCUUAAGUGCUCAAGAAACCUGAAUUAAAUUAUUUUUAAAAGUAAUUUGAAAAAUCAAAAUGCGGGAGCCUCUCCCGAGGAAGAAAUCAAGUAACUACUCAAAGCAUGACAACAAAGUUAUGUACAUAAUGAUUCUUUCAUUCCUCAGUUUCUAGGAGCCACAUACUCUGUGGCAAGGCAGACCCUCACAACUCACUAUCUGAUGGCUACGCAGGACUAAACUGGAAGGGUCGUCUUACCUAGAAUGCAGGAAAAUACAUUCUGAACAAUGUACCUGGCUCCAAAUUUGAAUUAGCUGGGGGUAAAAAAAAAAA